ACCGAACCAGAAAAUAACUAAAUAAAUAAGGUAAAAAUUUUAUCAUAAAACAAUGAUAAGAUUUAAAUAUAAAUAUAAAUAAUGGCCUGCAUGCUAAAAAUCGGGUAGGAACAGUCUUCUUUCGGUUAAUCCAAGGAAAAGAAACCUCAAACUCUUCAUAUAUACAUAUUUCUUGUUCCUCAAACAGUCCAAACAUCAACCCAAUCAAGUUAUCAAUAAUGUCAGAAGCUACACAGAGGUAUGCAGUAGUAACAGGGGCAAACAGGGGGAUUGGCUUGGAAACUGUGAAGCAGUUGGCCUCAAAUGGAAUCACCGUGGUUUUAACAGCUAGAGAUGAGAAGAGGGGUCUUGAAGCUGCUGAAAAGUUGAAGGAGUUUGAGCUUUCUGGUCAAGUGGUUUUUCAUCAGCUUGAUGUGGCUGACCCAGCUACCAUUGCUUCUCUGGCAAGUUUCAUCAAGACCCAAUUUGGGAAACUUGAUAUCUUGGUGAACAAUGCAGGGGUUGGUGGAGUGAUAAUAGAUGUUGACGCAUUUGUAUCAUUGAUGGAAGCAGAUCCUAGAGAGGGAGGUGAUUGGACAAAAGCAAUGACUCAAACUUGUGAGUGCUCCGAAGAAUGCUUGCAGAUAAAUUACUAUGGUGCUAAAAGGACAGCUGAAGCACUUAUUCCUCUUCUCCAGCUUUCUGAUUCUCCAAGAAUUGUCAAUGUUUCCUCUUCCAUGGGGAAGUUAGAGCACUUGAGAAAUGAUUGGGCAAAAGGAGUUUUUAGUGAUGUUGAAAGUCUCACAGAGGAGAGAAUAGAUGAGGUUUUGAGAGAAUUUUUAAAAGAUUUGAAGGAAGGUUCACUAGAAAGCAAAAACUGGCCAACUUCUCUGUCUGCCUAUAUAGCAUCAAAAGCAGCCCUGAAUGCCUAUACAAGGAUUUUGGCAAAGAAGUAUCCCAGCUUCCGAGUCAACUGUGUCUGCCCUGGCUACGUCAAGACUGACAUCAACUUCAAUUCCGGCAUCUUGUCUGUGGAAGAAGGCGCUGCAAGUCCUGUGAAGUUAGCCUUGCUGCCAAACGAUGGCCCUUCUGGACUCUACUUUGUACGGUCAGAAGUGAUACCGUUUUGAUCUUUGUAGCCCCCGUUGUCUUCCUCUGAAUUUUAUCUGAUGUUGUUGUUAUUUGGGCAGUAUUUUGAAUUCUCUAUGUAAUAAAGCAUUUACAAACUUUAUGUUACACAAGUAGUACAAUUUUAGUACUUUUAUGAAUAAGACAGAGAAUUCAUCA